ACAGUCCACUUUCCCACGCCUGUAUCUGUCAGCUCGCCAAGGCCCUGCGAAGCUGCGCAUAAACGGUGCACUUCUGAGGCGGUCGAGGGACUGAAAUAGACUUCUGAAGCGUCUAAAUGACGUCACCGUGUCAUGUCGACUGUCAAUGUGCGCCAUUUUGGAUUGAAAAAAAAAAAAAUCACGGGCAUUUCUGUAAGCCCAUAUUCACGAGUCUAAAUAACUGUUUCCUUGUAAUAACCUGUACUGAAAUACAAUCCUUACAACUCAAAUCACUAUCGGAAGAGCCCCUAAAGAAGCCAGUUCUGUUGAAGAAAGUGGCAAUGGCAGGUAAGGUUGACAACUUUGUAGGCGGGGGCCCUACACUGUUCUCACGCAUCAGCGCGGCCUAAAAGCAUUGCAAGUUUCUUGGCUAGCAAGCAACCGAUAAGCUCUGAGAAUGUGUGCCAAAUUACACUCCAUAGUUAGCUAGUUGCUAUGUUGAAGUACACAUUUAAAGGUGUCGGAGGAGGGAACGAUUUCCAAUGGUGUUUCUCUCAAGUGAAGGGAGCCAUAGACGAAGAUGUGGCUGAAGCCGACAUAAUCUCAACGGUUGAGUUUAACUAUUCUGGAGAACUACUAGCAACAGGAGACAAAGGAGGUCGGGUUGUCAUAUUCCAACGGGAACAAGAGAGUAAAAACCGUCCUCAUUCCAGAGGAGAGUACAAUGUGUACAGCACUUUCCAGAGCCAUGAACCCGAGUUUGACUAUUUGAAAAGCUUAGAAAUCGAGGAGAAAAUCAACAAAAUAAGAUGGUUACCUCAACAAAACGCUGCACACUCUCUGCUCUCAACAAAUGACAAAACCAUCAAGCUAUGGAAAAUCAGCCAAAGGGACAAAAGAGCAGAAGGCUACAACUUGAAAGACGAGGAUGGAAGACUGAGAGAUCCUUUUAGAAUCACGUCGUUACGGGUGCCUGUGCUGCUGCCCAUGGAUCUGAUGGUGGAGGCUAGCCCAAGGAGGAUAUUCGCUAACGCACACACAUAUCACAUCAAUUCCAUCUCUGUAAAUAGUGAUCAUGAAACAUACCUUUCAGCUGAUGAUCUCAGGGUUAACCUCUGGCACUUAGAAAUCACAGAUAGAAGUUUUAACAUUGUAGAUAUAAAGCCUGCCAAUAUGGAGGAGCUGACAGAAGUCAUCACAGCUGCAGAGUGCCAUCCACACCAGUGUAAUGUGUUUGUGUACAGUAGCAGCAAGGGGACCAUCCGCCUCUGUGACAUGCGAGCUGCUGCCCUCUGUGAUAGGCAAAGCAAAUUCUUUGAGGAGCCAGAGGACCCUAGCAGCCGGUCCUUCUUCUCAGAGAUCAUCUCCUCAAUAUCUGAUGUGAAGUUCAGCCACAGCGGCCGUUACAUGAUGACCAGAGACUACCUGUCAGUCAAGGUGUGGGAUCUGAACAUGGAAAACCGGCCUGUGGAGACUUACCAGGUGCACGAGUACCUCCGUAGCAAGCUCUGCUCGCUGUAUGAAAACGACUGCAUCUUCGACAAGUUUGAGUGCUGCUGGAACGGUUCUGACAGUGCCAUCAUGACGGGCUCAUACAACAACUUCUUCCGGAUGUUUGACCGGAACACGCGGAGGGACAUCACGCUGGAGGCCUCUAGAGAGAACAGUAAACCUCGGGCCAUUCUGAAAGCCCGCAAGGUGUCCACCGGGGGGAAGAGGAAGAAGGAUGAGAUCAGCGUAGACAGUCUGGACUUCAACAAGAAGAUCCUGCACACCGCCUGGCACCCAAAGGAGAACGUCAUCGCUGUCGCCGCCACCAACAACCUCUACAUAUUCCAGGACAAGAUCAACUAAACUUAGCAAUCCCCCCCCCCCCCCCGAAACUGUUCCGACCCUCCCGAACCCAGCCAUCAUACCUACCUACCGCGAAUGGACAGAAAUCUUGUACGUUGCAUAGUUAAGAAUAGUCGUUAAAUCUGUUUAAAGAAACAACAGCAGCCUUGUCUGUCCUCCUAAUGAAGAAGAAAUGUGAUGCACUUGUUUCGUUGUGUAGCCAGCCAGCCAGACGCCUGGUCACCUGCUGGAGUCAGACGGCCUGUUUCUUUAGAGUCUGAGGUGUUGGUUGGUUGGUUUGCGUCCUGUCUCGUUGUGAGGGCAGACAGAGGCAGGCAGGAGCCCCAAGUCUGACUCUGGACAGACUAGCCCGGGCCUGACUGCAGCAGAAAUAUCGAUGGACAGCACUCAACAAAGAGGCCAAAAAAUGUCAGUUUAAAGUUAGUGUAUUUAUUUAAAAGUCUGAGCCUUGUUUUACUUCCUAUGAUUUGACGACACAUUAUGGAAUAAGGAGGAAAGAUGUUGUUGAAGUCAGAAUGAGAUAUUAGUCUCUUAACUGUAAAUCUGGGCCUUGGAGAAACUGAAAUAAAAUUAGCUUAAUAAGUAGGGUUGCAAAUUCCCAGGUAACUUUCCUAAAAUUCCCAGGUUUUCCAGAAAUCCCAUUUGGAAGAUUCCCAGAAUCGGAAAGGAAUGAGCAGGAAAUUAUCCAGGAAUCCUGCAACUAGGAUGUUGGGAAAGUUAGGGGAAAUGUAGCAGCCUUACUGGUAACAUUCCUCCUCCCUGGCCGACUCUCAGGCCUCCGUGUUGGACCUUGCUAAGCUCUUAAACACAGGUCUCCAUGUUUGGUCAGUGGACAAUUGUUUUUGGUUCUUUUUAGUUUUUGGUUAUUUUUAGUUUUUAUCCUUUUUUUUUCUCUCAUGUAUAAUAACAUUUUACUCAUUGACUGUAUCUAUAUAACCACACCGUCUGGUGUCAACCACUUAAUAAAAGUAACGAAAACCACAA